AUGCCAGUGGUUAAGCUGCGCCGCCCAACAGAACGCCCAGUGGAUGCGCCGCAGAAGAACCGACUCGUCGAGACGAGCCAGGAUUCAGCAGAAUUUGGCCGGUGGCGGAAACGCAACGAAUGGCGGCUGCAGCCAGGGUUAGUCACGGUGGGCCUGGAAGACGCGAAGAAGCCUUGA